CUCUAAAAAUGCAGAGGCAAUCCAACACCUUCCGCGGCGCAGAGCUGUCGCCGCCGCAUACUUCACUGCCCAUGCCGCCGUACUCCCCUGAGAUGAAAAUUGAUGAAGCCACCGUUCUUCCGCUGUUCAGAAGGCACUCCGGCGACGGCAAGAGGGGGGUUUCAAGGUACCGGUGCUCGCCUGAAAGGAGGGCUCACUUCAUCCCUGUCGUCGUGAUUCUCUGCCUCUUCAUUCUCUGGUGGUUUUCUCAUCCCGUGUAUUUGGAGAUGAAGAAUGGAAGAAUGAUCGGUGUUUCGCGACAGAUGAUUCCACAGAAUACAUAUCUUGCUAACCUGGCAUCAAUCUUCACUCCAUAUCCAUCAAUCUCCGAAAACGGUGGUCGAUGAUGAAGACCAGAACGAG